AUGUCGAAAACGCACGGCGUCGUCGUUCCUAUGCAGUCCUCGGUGCAGACCGCAAUCAACGACUCGCUUGUACCGAUCGAGGUUUCCGCUACUCCAAAUGAGCCUCACAAACGCGACUGGCGUUUCUGGAUGAUAUUUCUAUGUAUCACUGCAUCGCAGUUUAUCACAGCACUCGAACUGGCUGCGGUGACCACCGCUCUUCCCCGCAUCAUCGAUGUUCUGCACGGGGAGCAAUUUGUGUGGGUUGGGUCUGCGUACACCAUUGGCACAACUGCCUUCGUCCCUCUCAGUGGGAAUCUAGCACAGAUAUUUGGCCGCAGAAUUACCAUGCUGGCCUCCAUUCUAUUCUUUGCCAUUGGCAGUGCGCUUUGCGGCGCGGCAACCUCACUAAAUUUUCUCAUUGCCGGAAGAGCCGUGCAAGGUGCGGGUGGAGGGGGUAUCCAAACAAUGUGUCAGAUCAUUUUAUCCGACCUCGUCCCCUUGAAAGAAAGAGGAUUGUUUAACGGUCUUAUUGCAAUGAGCUUUGUCGUCGCGAGUGGCAUCGGGCCGGUGGUAGGCGGAGCGCUGGCUCAGCAUGGGGAGUGGCGUUGGUUAUUCUAUCUCAAUCUUCCUAUCUGUGGCGUGGUCGUCUUUUUGGUUCUUAUCUUCCUGAGGCUCCGUAGCCCUCCAGGAACUCUCAAGGAGAAGUUGCAGACGAUAGAUUGGAUGGGAAAUGUGCUCGUGAUCUCCGCGACGACAUCGUGCAUGAUCGGACUGACGUGGGGCGGGGUACAAUACGCUUGGUCGUCAGCACAAAUCCUUGUUCCCCUCAUACUUGGGCUUUGCGGUCUGGUCGCUUUCAUGGUAUUUGAAGCUUAUGUACCCAGAAAUCCAAUUGUUUCGUACGCUGUCUUGGCUAAACGAACGGCUGCCAGUGGUUUGCUGCAGACAUUCGUUCUCUUCACCGUUAUCUUGGCUAUGCUUUAUUACUUACCUGUUUACUUCCAAGCAUGUAAGGAUGCGUCACCAACUGCCUCCGGCGUUGACUGCUUUGGUUUGGCUUUCACCAUCGCGCCGAUGGCACUUGUCUCGGGGUUGUCGAUCGCAAAAUCUCACCACUAUCGCCCGCAAAUAUGGUCUGCUUGGGCACUACUAAUCAUUGGCAUGGGACUUUUCAGCACAAUUCACGCUGACUCCUCGCGCGCCCGCGUAAUUGGCUUUGAGGUCAUUGCCGGGGCCGGGGCCGGUCUACUCACCGCCGCCAUGUUCUUCCCUCUCCUCGCGCCCGUUCCAGUAGAGUUGAGUGCGCAAGCGCUCUCUGUGUACACGUUCUUCCGCAGUUUCGCUAACAUCUUGGGUAUCACUAUCGGAGGUACUGUGCUGCAGAACGAGCUGAAGAAGCAGCUCCCAGCGGCGUUUGCGCAACAGUUUUCUCAGGGUUCCGCGAUCGCGUAUUCAAUCAUUCCGCUCAUUCCGACGCUGCAGGAGCCGCUGAAGACACAGGUGCAGGUUGCGUUCGCAGGGAGCCUGCAUGUCGUGUGGCAGGUCUUCAUUGGGAUCGCCGGUCUCGGACUUCUGUUCAGUCUGCUCAUGGAGCACUUGCCUCUGCAUACACAGGUCGACAAGCAGUGGGGUCUCCAAGAGAAUAGUAGUAGCAUAAAGGAAGUGCACGAGCUGGAAAGCGACCAUGCCUGA